GAUAUACAUCAUCCCAAUCAUCUCAUUCUCAAAUGGGAGCUUCUAUAAAUAUAUCACAAGACCCUUCCAUCAACUCCCAAACAAAUCCACUCACUCAAACAUCAAUUAGGACACCACAAAACAUCAAGUGGGGGUCAAGGAAUGUAGAUAGACGAAUUUGGAUCAAAUCAGCACAUGGGAAUAAAUAAUUCUCUUUUCAUAAGUUAAAUUCUUAUUAAAUAUAUAUGUUAUGUUUGAUGUUGUUUUACUUUUUUUGUCCUAACUUUCAUCUUGAAUGGAAGAUGAGGAAUGUCAUAACAAAAAUCAUCAAGACAAACUUUUAAGGAGUUUGGAAAUCUUGGAGUAGUGCGAGUAAAGAUGUUAGAGAUUUUUGGUUCAAUGACUUCAUUGGAAAAUAUAAGUGGCUUGAACAUGAUGAAAAUAACAUAAAAAAAAGUUUUUAUAGUAUGGGAUCUCUAGCACUGAAAAAUGCUUUGUACAAAGUGCGGAGUGGUAAGAAUGAAGGUAGUUGGAUUGGAGAAAACUAUUUAAAAGAAUUGAAAGUUGAAUGGGAGAAAGAGAAAUGGUAGGAGAUUUCUAUGAUUAAUAAGCAAAAUAGGAAGUCUCAAGAAGGACAUAAUGUGCAUAAUGGAGGGUCUAUUUCUGUAAGUGAACAUGUCAAAAGAAUGGGAACCUACAUGUUAUGAGUUUUACGAGCGACUUCAUAGGCAAAAGGGGAAACCAGAUGAAUGGUUUAAUGAAAAACAAGCAAAAAUUGUUGAAUUAUUUCAAGUGCAAAAAAGUGAAGCACAAAUUCAAAGUGGCGAGGGAAGUAGCCAUGAGUCUACACUAGAGUUAUAUAAUGACAUAUACAUGGAAGUGGCUGGUGGUAUAAACAAGAAAGGACGCAUAUUUGGUGGUAUAAACAAGAAAGGACGCAUAUUUGGAUUAGGAUCUCAAGUUGUUGCCAUCAAAUCAUCCGGAAAAAAUAGCAUCUCUAAUGAUGCAACAUCAUGAGAAAAGGUUGUUGUAUUGAAAGAUAAAGUUCAAGCAUUAGCAAAUCAACUUCAACAAAAGACUCUUGGACAAGAAAGUAUAAAAAAAGGUGAAUCAAUGGGAGCGUAAGUUUCAAAAACUAGUGCAUGACAAAAAUAUGAAAAGUUUAUUUUUUAAAGGAGAAGAUGAUGAUGAUAUUGGCAAUGAAGGAGAUGAUGAUGAUGAUGAUAUUGGUAAUGAAGGAGAUAUUGGCAUGGAAGAAGAUGAUGUUGGCAUGGAAGAAGAGGAUGAUAUUAAUAAUGAAGGAGAGAAUGAUAACCAGAAAAUGGGUGUGAAAAUAUGGAUGAUGACCUUUUCAUUGAUUAGGUUUAUAU